UUGAGACCCCUUAUCCCUGCCUUUCACAUAUACCACCUCAACCCACACACUAUCAAAGCAUAAUAUCCCUUUGUUAUUUCUUCUCUCUCUCUCUCUCUCUCUCUCCACUACCACAUCACUCUUCUCUCUCUCUCUCUCUCAUUCAUUAUUGUUAGGGGAGCCAUGAAAGGAGGCAGAUCGAAGACCGAGUCCAAGAAAGCUGAUCCUAAGCUAGCAGUGAAGAAAGGAGCAGCAGGUGGGAAAAAACCGGUGGUGAAGAAAGGAAAGCCGGUUAAGGACCCAAACAAGCCAAAGAGGCCUGCUAGUGCCUUCUUCGUCUUCAUGGAGGACUUCAGGAAAACGUACAAAGAGAAGCACCCAAACAACAAAUCAGUCGCCGCUGUUGGGAAAGCUGGUGGUGACAAGUGGAAAUCUCUCACAGAAGCUGAAAAAGCUCCUUACAUAGCCAAGGCUGAGAAGCGAAAGGGCGAGUAUGAAAAAACCCUUCAGGCUUACAACAAAAAAUUGAGCGAUGGGCCCACAGAAGAGGAGUCCGACAAGUCAAGGUCGGAAGUGAACGAUGACGAAGACGACGAUGAUGACGAGGACGGCAGCGCCGAUGAUGAUGAUGACGACGACGACGAGUGAAGAUGAAAAAUGGAAGCUUAUGAAAUUAUGUAAUCCAUCCCCUCGCAACUAUGUUUACCCUUUUAUGAUGAUAAAUAGUUUCCCUUCCUUUUGUUUAAUGGUAUAUCUUUUUUUUUUCUUUUUGUAAUGGGUAUUUUCUGGAGUAGGAAAAAAAGAAAUGAAAAAUAGUCUGCUGCUGUGAUGGGAUUGUUGUUUAUGUACUCUACUAGUUUAUCUUCUAAACAUAUUUUCCUUUCUCUAAUCAUAAUCAUCUUCAUC